AUGAUGCGUGUAAAGUUUUUCGUGCCAGGCGGAAUGAAACGAUCAGAUCUUUAUCGAAUAGUAAUUCAAGCACAAAAUGACAAUGAAUUAUUUGAAAAAACAAUACCUGGAGCUCCUGAUAUCAGGAAUAUUUUUUUGCAGAUAGACAAAACAAUAUACAAGCCAACUGAUACUGUUCACUUACGAGCACUGCCACUAACAACGAACGGAAAGUUAUACAAUGGACCAGUGGAUUUUUCACUUAUGAACGCAGAUGGCUUUGAAUUGAUUCACAAAAAUAAGUCAGUAAUUAACAAUGGAUUUAUUAAUGUAGAAUUUCAAGUACCUCAACAUUUGAAUUUUGGCGAGUGGAAGAUUAUCGCGCGUGCUGAUCGUUAUAAGCCAACAAUAAAAUCAAUCACAUUUCAAGUUCAACAAUAUGAAGUUCCACCAUUUCGUUUGCAUAUUAUGGCAAAGGAAACUGAUGACAUUACUGUAUUUGAGUUAGACGUUUUAGCAAGACAUGCUAAUGGUCGCGCAAUAUCGGGGCAAAUAACAGUUUUAUGCGACUGUAAUGCAAACAAGAUUCGUUCAUCAAUACCUUCAGAUUCACGGAAAUUUUCUCUUUGCAUUUUGCAUUCUGGCAAGGAUAAUGAAGCUUAA